AUGUCAACGGCAUCGACAAAAACCACAGAACAGAAGCCGGCGACCGUUAAUAAUACUCAGCCAGAGAAUGCCAAACUCGUACAAAACAACGUAGCAUCAGAAUCCGAAUCAGCCUUUUGGAAGAAUGACUGGAUACGAGCACAGAAUACAUUAUCAUCUAUUCGACGCUCACUGUCGUCGUUCCCAUCUCCUCCUCUCCGUAUACUGCGCGUUAGUCAAUUGGAUGCUGAUUUAUUGGACACAGAGUUGUUUGCAAUGCUUAAGGAACAAUUAUGGCAAGCGUUCUCACUGCUUGAUCCCUAUUAUAAGAGAUAUGAACUGGAACUAAUGGCAAUAAUACAAUUUAUUCUCUAUCGGUUUUCGAUUUACGAAACUGGAGCUAGCUUUGGAGCCCAGCUACAGAAUUUGAAAUAUCGGAACGAGAAAAUGCACAAUGGAGGACUCCAAUCGACAGCAAAUGAUGCGCCACUAUCAAAAAUGCAAAGAAUGCUGUUCGGAUUGUUUACAAUCGGUGGACAGUAUGUUUGGGCGAAAGUCAAUAGACUAGUCACGGCCUUUUCCUGGGGCGAUUUAGCUGAGAAUGAUCCACGCAAGAUCUUCUGGACAUCAUUACAAAAGUUGGAACACCUGUAUUACACAUCGGUCUUGAUUAACUUUCUGGUCUUCUUGUAUGACGGCCGUUAUCGCACUCUAGUUGAACGCAUGCUGUCAAUGCGUUUAGUUUAUGCUCGACGGGUUAUGAACAGACAAAUUAGUUUCGAAUUCCUAAAUAGACAAUUAAUAUGGCAUACUUUCACGGAAUUUCUUCUCUUCCUGGUACCGCUUAUAAACCUCCGUAAACUCAAAAACAAAAUCACUCAUACUCUAAUUCCCGAGUCAUACAUAAAAUCGCAUACGCUUGCAUUCCUUCCUUCCCAUAUUUGCGCCAUAUGUCAUGAGAAUCAGUCGAGUUAUGCUGCGUCGGCUGGUGUUUCGAUCUCGAGUAGUUCCACAAAGGUUAACAAUCCUUACGAGACAAAUUGUGGACAUGUAUAUUGUUAUUAUUGCAUAAAAAGUAAGUUAAUUCUGGACGGCGGUAUGUGGAGAUGCUUAAGGUGUGGUGAGGAAGUUAACGAAAUCCGGAGGUUUGAUAACAAAGUGGUAGAGAUGGAAGUGGAAGAAGAAGAGGAGCGUGUUGAUGAUACUAGCCAGGAGAAAGAUUACCAGAGCACGGACAAUGAAUAA